AUGCCUAUACCAGGAAAACGCUAUCUUCAAAACACUACAAUCAUGGAAAAUCCAACGACAGUUUUACCCAGGCGAAUUUUUGGAUUUAUCCUUUUAAAUCCAAAGUACGAUUCUACUUAUGACCGUGCAGCUUGCAAAAUCAGGAGAUGGGAAACUAUUUAUCACCAAAUAGAAACCACUGAAAUAUUUCUCUUUGUGCAUAAAGAACAGAAGAUUGCUGUCUUUGGAUUUCGCGGCACUGAGGCGCUAAAUAUUCGAGACUGGAUACAAAAUUUAAACAUAUUUCCAAUUCAAAAAAAUAUAAAUGGCAGCGCAUUUAAAAUACACAAGGGAUUCAUGGAACGUUAUUUGAGUAUUUCAUCCUGGUUUGAAAAUCAAUAUCUUAACAUACCAAAGAAUUUUACUAUAAUCAUAACAGGCUACAGUUUAGGCGGUUCAAUGGCUCAAAUUGCUGCAAUUUUUGCCGCUGGAAAGUUGAAUAAAAAACCAGAUGCUGUUGUUACAUUUGGUUCACCUUUGGUUGGUGAUGACAGUUUCAAAUCAUACUUCAGUACAGUGGUUGGUUGUGAUCGAACUUUAAGAUUUGUCGCUAAACGAGAUCUAUUCACUCAAAUCCCUGCGUUCUUAGGGUACAAACAUCCUUGUCUAGAGAUGAAAGUAGAUGGGAAACAGGAUUUGAUCUUUUGA